UGUUCACCUGGAUAUUAGCACACCUGCCGCCUCCACACCUGCAUAUUACUACACCCGGAUAUUAGCACACCUGCCGCCUCCACACCUGCAUAUUACUACACCCGGAUAUUAGCACACCUGCCGCCUCCACACCUGGUGAUCGUGUCCGGUGAGGAUGACGUACCGUGACCUGCUCCAGUUCGUGCUGGCCGUCGUUCUGGUCUCCCUGACGCCUCUUGCUCGCGCAGAUAUCCAUAGUUGCUUCAUGGAGGAGGUGCCCGAGGUGCCCCAUCCGGAGUUCUCUAAGGGCGUGGCCAAGUUCGGGAUGAACCUCUUCAAGAGGGUGGUGAGUGCCCAGCAAGAGAAGCAGCCAGGAGAGAACACGGUAAUCUCACCUUACAGUAUCUGGAGCGCUCUUUGCCUCGCCUUCUUCGGUGCCGAGGGUCGAACCAAGGACCAGUUGGCUGGAGCUCUCCGGCUCAGUACCAAGAUCUCCACAUUCAGCCACUGGAGGUUCCUGGACCAAAUGUUAUCAACAGCAGGAGGAGUUACCACGGCUAAACCUUCCGGCGUCAGGAUUAACAGCAAGAUCAGCAACAACGGAUACACCAGCAGGAGCAGGAGCAGCAGCACCUCCACCUUCCAGAGCACUAACAAGGCCUACUUCUCCCAGGACAUGAUCCUCAACACCUGCCUGACGUCGUAUCUACCGGAACUGAGACUCCUCGACUUCUCCAGACCCGUCGAGGCGGCCGAGAAGAUCAACACGGACGUCAGCCAGGCCACCAGGGGCGAGAUCACCAGCCUGGUCGAGCCACAACUACUGACCAACGUAGACUUCGUGCUUCUCAACGCCGUGUUCUUCAGGGGCGCGUGGAAGACGCAGUUCCCCGCCGGGAACACCGUUACCAGAACAUUCUACGCGGCGCCGGACCGGCCACUGGGCCUCGUGCCCAUGAUGACCACUGUGGGCAGGUUCAACUACGCCUACAGCACCCCGCUGGACGCCUCCGUGCUGGAGCUGCCCUACGAGUCCGGGUUCUCACUGUUGGUGCUGCUGCCGGCGGUGGACGUGGGGCUGCCGGAGCUGGUGGUGGAGAAGCUCAGCAGGAGGAGGCUGCUCGAGGCCAGGAGCCUCAUGGCUCUCACUGAAAUAGAAAUCACCUUACCUAAGUUCUCCGUGACCUCCUCCAUCUCUGACCUGCUCAAGCAGGCGCUGAGUGACCUGGGAGUGGUGGACAUCUUCACGGGGGCGGCUGACCUGAGAUCCUUCACCAACACCAGCGGCCUCCAGCUCAACACCGCCAUCCACCAGGCCACCGUCACUGUCUCAGAGGAGGGCACCGUAGCCGCCGCUGCCACAGGUCUGCUGGGGACGCGCCUGGGACCGUCCAAGGUCACCUACGACCGUCCGUUCGUCUUCCUCCUUGUGGACAACCUUAUGGACGUCCCCGUCCUAACAGGAGUUCUCAACCGGCCUCCCACGGACGCUCCCUAAUCACCCACGGACUCUCACGUCCUUACCAACAAUUUACGGACAUGUGUAUGCGUCUGUCGUCGUUCCAUGACAUUCUACUAACCACGGACGUCCCCGCGAGAUCACUGGAAAAAUGACUUCCCCCUUGGUCACUGAUUUACCACGGACACGGGACGCGGACAUGGCUUUAUUACGGACGUAAGACACGGACACUGGCCGAUAUUAACCUGUGACCACGGACAUUCACUGAUGUUUGUUGCUAUAUUACGAACUGUUUGUGGUCACGGACACAGACUGUGACGUCUGAUCACAGACUGUACUCCAGACUGUAACGGACGUGACACUCGUAUGUCCUCACAUUACCACGGUCACACUCUCAUUACCACGGUCACACUCACAUUACCACGGUCACACACACAUUACCACGGUCACACACACAUUACCA